UAUAUUCUUAUAUAUAUAUAUAUGCUUAGUUGUUUACUCCAUGCACGUAGCGGUUGAGUGUUGAACCUUUGAUUUUAUCAAGUGCUGUACAGGAAAAAUGGGUAACAGAGAAUCUUUGUUCUUCGCGCUUGUUGGUCUUGUCGUUUUGGCUCCUGCCAUUGUAGUUGCAGUGGGUUCUGGUCGCUGUGAACCGAUUGAGGCUAACGAUAAAGAUUUGGUUCAAUUUGCUAUGAACUUGGAAUUCCUUGAAGCUGAAUUCUUCUUGUUUGCUGCACUUGGUAAGGGUCUUGAUGCUAUUGAACCGGAUUUUGCCAAGGGCGGUCCCCCUCCAAUUGGAGCCCAGAAGGCUAACCUCGAUCCUGUCACCUGUUCAAUUAUCGAGGAAUUUGGCUAUGAAGAAGUUGGUCACCUCAGGGCUAUUAUAAAAACAGUUGGUGGAAUUCCAAGGCCUCUGUAUGACCUAAGCCCUGAAACAUUUGCGAAAGUGUUUGAUGAAGCACUUGACUGCAAAUUGGACCCGCCAUUUAACCCCUACCUCAGCUCGGUCAACUAUCUCUUGGCAUCCUAUGUUAUCCCUUACGUAGGACUCGUAGCAUAUGUUGGCACCAUCCCCAAUCUAGAAGACUACACUAACAAAAGACUUGUUGCAGGGUUGUUAGGCGUAGAGGCAGGACAAGAUGCAGUGAUACGAGGAUUAUUGUAUGAAAAAGCUUAUGAGAAAGUAGAGCCUUAUGAUAUAACAGUAGCAGAGUUCACUAAUGGAAUAUCAUUUCUAAGGAACAAGCUUGCAAUGUGUGGGAUUAAAGACGAAGGCCUAAUUGUACCUCCAGAGCUUGGAGCUGAGAAGAGGACUGAGAGUAACGUAUUAUCAGCAGAUGAAAAUUCCCUAUCUUAUGACCGUACACCACCUGAGAUUUUAAGGAUAGUUUAUGGAACCGGCAGCGAAUAUAAGCCCGGUGGUUUUAUGCCUGACGGUGCAAAUGGUAGAAUUGCUCGGAGUUUUCUAGAGAGCCAUUAAAUAAUUAAUUAAUUAACGAGGAUGUUUGUUCGUGUGUUAUAAUAAAAUAAAAUGUAUAGUAGUCAAACAUCUCUAGUAUUGUGUUUACGCUUAAAAUUUCUUUUGUUAUAUAAAAAUUUUAUGUUUCGUUGUGUGAGGUUUACCAAAACAUAAUAAAAAUUCGUAUCAACUUGGUAGGUGGAUUCUGAAGAUACUUGUUGGGCCAAA